AUGUUUGUAAGAAGGUCUCAGCUCUUUGUAGCUCUAACUGCUGCUUUUCUUUUACUUCUGAUAUGCCUCCAAGUCCAAACUUGCAGUGCAAAAACAAAUGAUCACCUUUGUCCUCCUUCUUCCUGUGGCAAUCUCCGUAACAUUAGAUUGUACUUUCUUGCAGGAAAAGACCAUGUUCAGUUCAUCAACUACAAUAACUACACAAUUAGAGUUGCUGAUGCUAACAUCAACAAGGAUGACUGCUCCUCCCCUCCUCAAUAUCCUUUGGUUCAAGCCAACUACAGCUAUUAUGAUGAUCAAUACGACACACAUCCAGAACAUUGGUCCUAUGAGAAUGAAACCAAGAAGCUAAUGGUGUUAAUGAAGUGUGAAAAUCCAGUGAGUUCUCCUCUUUAUGUGAAGGCUGCUCCUUGA